GGUUCUGAACCGGAUCAGACUGGGACCAUGAGACUGAGGGAGGGGUUGCUCAUCCACCUGCUGUGACUCUCAGGAAGAGGAGAAUAAAAGCCGCAUCACCUGAUGCUCCGCAGACCCGCUCCCUUCAGUCACGGUCCAGUUCUCGUCGGACCUGCUCCUUCGGUCCGGUUCUGCUCGGCUCUGCGGGAUCAGCAGCCGUGUGUCUGCCGGUGGGUCGCUCGGGUCUAGUCGCGGUAAACGGUUCGUGUUCGGAGAUGCCGGUUCGGAUCCCGGACGACUCGGACUUCUUGUCUUUUAAAGACCAGUGUCUGAAUCCGGACGGGUGGACCAGCAGGUACAACAAAGGAGGAGUCACGGUCUGGUGCCGAGAGGAGGACAGCUCGGUCCAAAAAAUCAAGAUGAGGAUCGUUUGCAAAGACGUGGCGGCAGAGACGUUGUACGACGUCCUUCACGACACCAGCUAUCGUAAGAAGUGGGACAGCAACAUGAUUGAGACGUACGACAUCGGCAGGCUGACCGUCAACGCGGACGUGGGAUAUUACUCCUGGAAAUGUCCGACUCCUCUGAAGAACAGAGACUUCGUGACGAUGAGGUCUUGGCUUCCCCUCGGCAGUGACUACAUGAUCAUCAACUACUCCGUCAAACACCCGCAACAUCCUCCUAAGAAGGAGUACGUCCGAGCUGUGUCCCUGCUGACGGGCUACCUGAUCCAGUCAAACAGCAACAAUAGCUCCACUCUCUACUACCUGACCCAGGUGGACCCCCGAGGUUCGUUACCAAAGUGGGUUGCGAACAGAGUCUCUCAGUUCGUGGCUCCGAAGGCCAUGAGGAAGAUCUACAAGGCGUCUCUGAAGUACCCUGAAUGGAAACGAAAACACAACCCGACCCUGAAGCCGUGGAUGUUCCCGGAGCAGAACACCCUGCCCUCCAUCAGCCCGUCGGAGCUGACGCUGCAGGACGCCGACUCUCUGGAGAACAUCGACGAGAGCGGCCUGAGCGAAGACAAGACGCACCAAAGCGAUGAGGAGGAGACCUAAGACGACCUCAGACUCUGACCUGGAYGGUUUGUUUGACAAAAAUAUGAGCUAAAAACCUGUCUGACAGCGAACGCCUCACGCUUCUUCAGUUUCUGACAUUUUCAUGUUUUUGGACUUCAGAUGUACCUUCGGCUGAAUUCCUCUGGCCACCAACUGUCCAUCGUCUGUCCACCAACUGUCCAUCGUCUGUCCACCAACUGUCCAUCGUCUGUCCACCAACUGUCCAUCGUCUGUCCAUAAACUGUCCAUCGUCUGUCUAUAAACUGUCCAUCGUCUGUCUAUAAACUGUCCAUCGUCUGUCUAUAAACUGUCCAUCGUCUGUCUAUAAACUGUCCAUCGUCUGUCCAUAAACUGUCCAUCGUCUGUCCACCAACUGUCCAUUGUCUGGUCACCAAAUGUCCAUCGUCUGUCCACCAACUGUCCACUCAGAAUUCCACCAGUGUCCCUACAGACGUCAAACAUGGUGUUCAUACGAGACUGUUUAUCUUCACUGUCUCCAGGCUCUUCAAGGUGUUAUCAGGGUUUUCCAGGCCUUUCAAAGACAUUUUAGAUCUCGUCUUUAUUGCAUUAAAACAAAGAACAGAAACGUGCUGCUUCAGAUUAUUUGUUCUUGAUUGUUGGUUAUUUUAUUUUAUUUAUUUGGGGAAAAAAACUCUGUCUUCAGUUUUAUUGUGAUAAGUUUACUUUUUUUUCUGUUACAACUGAAACCAGUAAUUAAUAUGAAUUUGUGAAGAGUGUAGAAUCAGUUUUUACAUUUUAAAACUAAAAUUAUUGUUAAAAACUAAAAAAAAAAUACAAUCAAUAUGUGUGUGAUUAAUAAAAAGAUCCUUGUGA